AUGGAGAGCCUUCUCACCAACAUCAGCUCCACCUUCACCGCUGAGCCCCUCUUGACCCCUGACCCAACUAACUGCAGCGCCUGGGACCAGCAGUGGGGAGCACUAUACCUGCAUAGGUUAUCCCACCUGGAUGUGCAGCUGUACCGAGACUUCUACGCUGUGUGGGUCUCUCUCAUGGUGUGUAACUGUCUGAUGCUGGUGGUCGGUGUGGUCCUCAACAGUCUGGCUCUCUAUGUCUUCUGUGGGGCCUCCACCCACUCCUCGGCCUCUGUGGUUUACACCAUAAACCUUGCUGUAGCUGACCUGCUUGUGGCGCUGUCGUUGUCAGCGCGCAUCGCUCUGUACCACAGUGGAGGGAGCUGUGUUGCCUGCUCCUAUGUUCACACCUUCAGCUACUUUGUCAACAUGUAUUGUAGUAUACUGUUUCUGACCAGUAUCUGUAUAGAUCGAUACCUCGCUGUCGUCCAUGUGUCCAGUACUCUCCAUCGAUGCAGGACCCCAGGAACAGCCAGAUGUGUCAGCGCCAUAGUUUGGUUCAUUGCAGUUGUGGUCACCUACUCCUUCCAGACCACAGCGUUGGAGUUCAGCUCCUCCUGUGUGCUCCUCCCUGCCCUCUUCUACCUCACCAUUCUGGAGUUCCUGCUUCCCCUGCUGGCCGUGGCGGGCUUCACUCUGCGCGUCGCCUGCUUUCUCUCCUCCAGCCACGGCCUGAUGCCCCAGCAGAGCAGGGCAAGGAGGGCGCGUGCUGUCAGACUGCUGGCCACCGUCCUGGUGGUCUUCACUAUCUGCUUCACGCCGUUCCACGUCCGGCAGGUGCUGGUUUAUUUCCGGGUCAAAGUCGGAGGGGUGGGGCUAGGGCAGGGGGUGGGGCAUGUACUCGCCUAUCACAUCACAGUUACCCUGAGCAGCCUGAACAGCUGCCUGGAUCCAGUGGUUUACUGCUUUGUGACGGACAGCUUCAAGAGAGUGUGGAGAACGAGGAGGAGGGGAGCAAGAGAGGGGGACGGGGAGGCGGGGCACACAAGUGGGGGAGAAGGGGAGAGGAACUCGGUGAAUAAAAAUCCAGGUACGGCAAUGGCGAUAGCUCACAGCGUGGCCACACUUACCCUCACAAGCUCUCCCUUCUCUGCUGCCAACAUGGAACAGUCCUCUUAA